AUGGACGACUUCAACAGUCUGCUGCACCGACUGCAGGAGUGCCAUGACAGAGACAUCGAGGGUUGGCAGCUCAAACUCCAGGAGCUCUCCAACAAAAAGGGCUGCGACACGAAGCGCAUGGAGGAGCUGUACACCCGGAACCAGCAGAUGAAGGAUCAGCAGCGAAUCCUCACAGACAACAUCAAGACUCUGGAGAACAGGCUGAGGGCGGGCCUUUGUGACCGCUGCACCGUGACGCAGGAAGUGUCCAAGAAGAGACAGCAGGAGUUUGAAGCACUGCACCUACAGACCAUGCAACACAUUACACUCAUGGUUUCCGACAUCAACAACCUGAAAAAGGAGAACAAGCUUCUGAGAGACGAGAACCUGCGACUACGCGCCGCGCUGGAGAGCAGCAGUCAGCCAGCAGAGGGCGACGUCACGGUGAAGGUGGAAGUACCUCACAGACUGAACACAGAUGAUGCCCGUCUGAGGGAGUGGCAUCGCCUCUUUGACUCGUACAAACCGGUGCAGAACUCCUCAGUGUGGAAGCAGCAGCAGCAGCGCGUCCCGGAGAGGAGAAGUGUGAGAGACUUGCAGCCUCACUCGGGCUCUCCCCCGGUGAAGGCCCUGGCCCCUGUCCCCUCAGUCCCCUCAGUGCCCUCAGUGCCCUCAGCGGGGUCUGAAGUCCAUUCCCACAGCAGACACAUCCUUCACGCUCCGGUGCCCUGCCGCCCCCAGCCCCUGCAGAGCUCCCAGAGGCCCCUGGCCCAGGGGCCCCUCGCUCCAUGGGCCCUCAGCGAGCCUCCGGACUGGGCCGCUGCCACAUCACAGGGUUCCAAAACACGCUUCCCGAACUUGAUCCCUUCCAAUAAGCACGUGAGUAGCCCCUCUCCGCAGACACGGCUCGCUCCGGGGCAGGUGUGGCAUAAACCGGGCAGCGUGCGGGAGACUCCAGCCAAAGAGCCCACUGUGGUGUUCAGACUGCAGAGCGAGGACGACUCCCCGGGGUCCAAGAGCAUCCAGAGCACCCAGAGCACCCAAAGCACCCAGAGCACCCAGAAUGGAGAGGGAAGGGGCGAGGAGAGCAACGAGUGUGAAGGACCUCUGGAUCUGUCCGACUCUGGAAAGAGUAAAGCUGUGACUGUGGACAGCACUCCUGUAGGGGGAGCCACAGAGCCCGCCCAGAGGCAGGACAGCAGAGGAGAAGAGGCCCAGAGUGAACAGCCCACCCCAGAGACCCCCAAGACCCUUGAGACCAGCCUUGCCAUCACUGUCCCACCAACCCCCACCACCACCACCACUGCAACCACAGCCAGACAGGACGCACUCACACAGUCUGAGGUGAAGGCCCCGAAGCAGAAGGAGCUGAAUGGAGAACAGGACCAGGGGAAGAAGGUGCCGGUGCUGACCAUCUCUCUGAGGCCAGUGGUACUGCUGGAGAGCCUGAACUCUGCAACACAGAAACGCAACUCCUCAUCGUCCGUUCAGAACGUAUGUCAUUUACCGGUCAAUAAUGGCUUUAUUCUCAAGUCCCCAGAGGAACCAGCGGGGCGCAGCAGCUCUGAUGAGAGGGAGGAGGAGAGCGGGGACAGUGGCAGAGAGAAGAGGAAGAGAGACUCGGAUUCAGACAAGGCUGUGAAGCCGAAGAGAAAAGUCAUGAUCACUGUGAGAAACCAAGACAAAAGUCCAAACCGGCUGCAGGCACUUCCAGACGGUCCUUCUUCCCCGCAAACAGGACUCCUUCCGGACACACCAUGGAGCAUCCACGGGACACGCACGGAGAAGCCCGGAUCAAGACAAACUGUGACCAUGGGCUGCGUGGGCUCAAAGACAGCGGAGCAGAGUUUCAGUAAAGAAGCCGUGAAAGACGAGCAGAACCGCAGUGUGAACGCACACUAUGUCAGAGACCCCACCACCGGCAACAACCUGAACAAGACGUCCAACAAUCUGAGCUCCUCUGAAGGUGAAAGAGCGGCCAUCGCGCUCUACGACUACGAGGCCAUUCACGACGGAGACCUGGGCUUCAAGAAGGGAGACAGACUCAUCAUCUUAGAAGAAUCAGGAGAAUGGUGGAAGGCCAAGUCCGUGAGCUCAGGACUAGAAGGCUUCAUCCCCAGUAACUACGUGGGAAAGGACACCCUGGAGACCGAAGAUUGGUUCUUCAAAGGCGUGAGCAGGAAGGAUGCCGAGCGGCAGCUGUUGGCCCCUGGGAACCGAGUGGGCUCCUUCAUGGUGCGAGACAGUGAGACCACACAGGGAAGUUACUCCCUGUCUGUGAGGGACUCGGACUCGAAGGCCGGAGACACUGUCAAACAUUACAAGAUCCGAACUCUGGACAACGGAGGUUUCUACAUCUCCCCCAGAAUCACCUUCAGCUCGCUGCAAGAGCUGGUCACGCAUUAUAAAAAGCAGGGAGACGGUCUGUGCCAGGCGCUCACCACCUCCUGUCUCAGCCCCAAACCAGAGAAGCCCUGGGAGAAGGACGCCUGGGAGAUCCCCCGCUCCAGUCUGAAGCUGGAGAGGCGGCUGGGAGCGGGACAGUUUGGAGAGGUCUGGAUGGCGACGUACAACAAGCACACCAAGGUGGCGGUGAAGACCAUGAAGCCGGGGACCAUGUCUGUGGAAGCUUUCAUGAUGGAGGCCAACCUGAUGAAGAGUCUGCAGCACGACAAACUGGUGCGACUCAACGCCGUGGUGACCAUAGAGGAGCCCAUCUACAUCAUCACGGAGUACAUGGAGAAAGGGAGUCUUCUAGAUUUCCUGAAGAGCGACGAGGGAAACCGAGUGCAGCUUCCCAAACUCAUCGACUUCUCGGCUCAGAUUGCAGAGGGCAUGGCGUACAUUGAGCAGAGGAAUUACAUCCACCGAGAUCUGCGCACCGCAAACAUCCUGGUCAACAACGCUCUGGUGUGUAAGAUCGCUGACUUUGGAUUGGCACGCAUCAUUGAGGACAACGAGUACACCGCCAGAGAAGGAGCUAAAUUUCCCAUAAAGUGGACGGCUCCUGAGGCCAUAAACUACGGCUCAUUCACCAUCAAGUCUGACGUCUGGUCUUUCGGUAUUUUACUGACCGAGAUCAUCAGCUUUGGACGCACGCCUUAUCCAGGCAUGACAAACCCAGAGGUGAUCCGCGCUCUGGAGAAAGGCUAUCGUAUGCAGCGUCUCGACAGCUGUCCCUCUGAGCUCUACGAGAUCAUGAUGGAGUGUUGGAAGAACAAACCCGAGGACAGACCCACGUUUGACUAUCUGCAGAGCGUCCUAGAGGACUUCUACACUGCCACAGAGAGCCAGUACCAACAGCAGCCAUGA